AUGUCAGAACAACGCAAUAUCGUCGUUAUUGGCGCGUCAGGCGCUGGCCUCCAGGCAACGCAUUACAUCCUCAAGCAUAUUCUGCCUGCUUUGAAGGCCAGAAAUGAUGCCAAGUACCAUGUCUACAACAUCUCGCCAUCUUCGCAAUGGUACUUCAGGGUUGCCUCACCACGUGUGGCAACUUCCACUGAGCGCAUGUCGACGGACAGGGUCUUGUUUGACCUACACGAGGGCUUCAAGCAAUACUCCAAGGACGACUUUACAUUCAUCGAAGCCUCCGCCACUGGUCUCGAGCCAUCAGCGCGGCGUGUGCUGUUUCGCAGUAACAAGGGACUCGAUGAUGAAUCGUUGAGCUACCAUGCCCUCAUUGUUGCUACAGGAAGUAAGACAUACUUCCAAGCCUUCUCUAUGAGUGCCGAUGCUCGAAGCACCCUGAACGCGAUCAGUUCGACGAACGAUCAGAUCAAGGCAGCGAAGAAGAUUGUGAUCGUCGGUGGUGGUCCAACAGGGGUUGAGUUCGCAGGCGAAGUUGCCGAGCAUCGUAACGGCAAGCCAGGAUGGUUCAGCAAGGUGCAGCCAAACGUCAACGUUACCUUGAUCACGUCGGACAAGCAGCUUCUUCCAGGUCUUCGCCCUGCAAUCGCCAAAACAGCAGAGCGAAAGCUCAACGCGCUUGGUGUAAAGGUCGUGUAUAACACGCGAGUCACCGAUUCAACACAGACGGAAGACGGCCACACAUCGCUCACUCUGAAGAACGGUGAUAAGCUUGAAGCAGAUCUCUACGUUCCCGCAUAUGGUGUUCAACCAAACUCUACUUGGCUCCCAGAACAACUCCUCAACGAAAAAGGUUACUUGGUUACUAACAACUCCACCCUUCGCGUCGACAUCGCAGGCCCUCGCGUCUAUGGUUUCGGCGAUAUUGCAUCGUACUCGCGCAACAACUUCUGGGACAUCAACAUGGCUCUGCCGAUUCUGGCCACCAACCUCAAGCGCGACCUGCUCUCCUUCAACUCUCUGCUCCCUGAAGAGAAGCCGAAGGGCCAGGACAGAUUGUACACGCCUGAUACAAAAGAGUCCAUGAUUGUUCCAAUCGGAAGUGGAGGCGGUGUUGGCGCUAUCAUGGGAUGGAAGGUACCGUCAUUCUUUGUGUGGAUGCUCAAGGGCAGAGAUUUUAUGUUAGGAAUGAGUGGCCUGCCGACGCUGCAUGGUGAGAAUGUCAAGAAGGAGGUCAAGUGGACGAAGGAAGAGGCUGCUAUCUGA